AUGUCGGGCUGCGUAGUCUGUCAAAAGCCCCUCGUGGUCGAAAUCGACGCCGACUCGGACGAAGAAGAAUACGAGCAACAACCCGCAGCCGGCACCUCGUCUGGCAAAGCGCCCGCCGCUGCCCCAGAGACGGUACCAGAUGAUGUACAGCUAAUCUGCGGAUGUCACUUUCACUGGGACUGUCUCCUCUCCUCAUACGAAAUCACCUUCUGCCCUUCCUGCAAUGCCGAAAUCUCCACCCGCAGCCCAACCGGCACCCGCGUCCCCUGCAACUACAACAACGAAGGCGGACUGCAAACCGACCUCGACAUCCUGCCCCUCCUCACCGAAGAAUCCUACCUCAAAGCCUACCCCGAAGACCGCAAGGCCCGCGCCUUUCUCGAAUUCUGCCGCGAGGGCGACUACAAGGCCGUCAUCGACAUGCUGAUGGACGACAAUGUCGAGGAAGACGAUGACGGUGAGGAUGUUGAGAUGGGGAGUACGGAUAACCCGGCGAGGGAGGUUGGAAUCGAUAAGUUGCUGCGCUAUCAGGAUCCGAUUGGUCAUAUGCAGAGUGGAUUGCAUGCCGCGGUGCAGGCGCAGAGUCGCGAGGUAGCCUGGUUACUGCUGUUGCUGGCGAGUAACCUCGAUCUGUUGGAAUUUCCGGCCGAGGUGUUCCAGGAGGCUGAGUCAUUGGGAAUAAUGAGGGGGUUGACCGAAGAUAAGGUGGAUAUUCGCAGUUUGAAGGAUGCAGAUGGGAAGACGGCCGAGGAUCUGGCGCGCGAGAUUGGGGGUGUGUGGGUUGGCUGGAUUGGGAAUCAUCGUUUGGCUAUAUAA